UUAUUUAAAAGCAAUGUAUUUGAAAGGUGUUAUUUAUAAAUUAUUGGAUGAAUAUGACCAUGCUAAACAAUGUUUUGAAUUUGUUGUUAACAAUGAAUCACGUAUUGGUCGCGAGUUUUCAUUACCGCCGCAAUCUAUGCUUGAAUUGGGUUUAAUUGAAGUUAUACUCAAUAAUAAAGAUAAAGCCAUUGAACUGAUCAACAAAUGUAUUAAUGAUUACUCGGGUUAUACUAAUGAUGUUUAUGUUCACAUCCGGGCAUUUGCUGGACUCAGGAGUUUGGGUGUCACUACUGAUAAACAAAAUGAAAACGACAACAAAUUGGAAGACUAUAAAAAACAAUGGCUAAGGAAUCUGUCGCUCAAAGAAAAGAAAUAUAAUAAAGUGAUUGAAGAAGAAGACACUGUCGAUAAUAAACAUAAUUCAAUAUCUCAAAUACUAAUUGGAAUAACUAAACCUAACUUUAUUGAAAAUGAGGAUUUAAUUAACGAAUAG